AAGAGACAGAAAAAUCAAUGUCUUUCUUCCUCACCAGUUUACCUUAUGUUCUUGUGGAGUUAAUUAUCACUAUAAAAGGGGACUUGAUAAGUGAAUUACAAGAAGUACAAUUCACUAGCCUUGUUCUAUCUUCGUCUCUGAUAUCUAUCUCUUGCAAUCUCUCCCGCUUUAAUUUCCAUCGACUUAUGGUGGAGGCUUUGGUUUCUGAGGUGCUGGGACAGUUGGCGUCCAUCACAACUCGCUUGGCAGUUGAAGAGCUGAGGAGGGUAAAGGAUGCUGAUAAAAACAUAUCUAGUCUCAGAAGAAAGCUCAAAGACAUACAAGCUGUGCUGGAGGAUGCCGAAAGGAAACAACUGGAUGAUGCCGGUGUUAGACGUUGGGUGGAUAAGCUCACUGAAGUUUCUUACGACAUCGAUGAUGUGCUGGAAGACUGGGGCACUGAAGCCCUCAAAUCCGAAGUUCAGAAACGUGUGGAAGCGGAAGAAAAUGAUCACUAUCAAAAAGCAGCUGAUAAGAAGAAGAAGAAGAAGAAGAAGGUAUGUCUUCCAUUGACCUCUUCUUGCUUUUGUGUUAACCAACUUAAACGAGUUGGUGUUCGUCGAGAUAUUGCUCACAGAAUCAAAGAGCUUAAUGAAACAUUAGAAGAGAUUGCCAAAGAGAGACGUGAUUACUCUUUGGAAACAACAAAAAUUGUUCAAAAGCAGACAAGACAGACUAUCUCCUUUGUUGAUGAAUCUCAAGUGUAUGGUCUGGAUGGCCCUCAGAGUGCUCUAAUUGAAAAGUUGCUCAGUGAGAGUAGUGAAGGGCGGCCUGGUGGUGGUAAAUCAGUUCCUGUUAUCAUACCUAUUGUGGGGAUGGGGGGGAAUUGGGAAAACCACUCUUGCCCAACUUGCAUUCAAUGAUGAAAAGAUCAAAACACACUUCUCUGAGCAGAUGUGGGCGUGUGUUUCAGACCCUUUUGACGAGAUUAAAGUUGCCAAAGCAAUUACUGAAUCUCUCAAAGGUAGUCACCAAAAUUUAGAGACAUAGGAAGCUUUAUUCCAACGUGUUCGGGAAUCCAUCGAGGGAAAGAGGUUCCUUCUUGUCCUAGAUGAUGUAUGGAGUGAUGACCAUGAAAAAUGGGAAAAAUUCAUACAACCGCUUAUUAGAUUGGGUGCUAUAGGAAGUAGGGUGGUGGUAACAACCAGAAAAGUGGAAGUUGCUACUAUGAUGGGAGCAGCUGCCCAAAUGAUUACCAUGCAACUGCCGUCUGAUGAGUAUUGUUGGUCAAUAUUUAGCGGACUUGCAUUCAGGGAAAGAAAUAGUGAAGAGUGCAAACAAUUAGAGAGAGUUGGGAGGCAAAUUGCAAGCAAGUGCCAAGGCUUGCCUCUUGUAGCAAAGAGCUUAGGAAGUUCGAUGCGUUCCGAGGUGACUGAAGAGGAGUGGAAAGAUGUUCUAUGUAGUAGAUUCUGGGAAUUGAAAGAUGAGCAAACCAAAACUUUUGCUCCAUUCUCCUUGAGCUAUUAUGAUUUGUCUCCUGGAGGAAGACGUUGCUUCUGUUAUUGUUCUGUAUUUCCUAAAGAUUGUGAGUUUGAAAAAGAUGGUUUGGUUCACAUGUGGAUGUCACAAGGUCAUUUAAGUGGUAGUCGAAAUCCGGAGGAAGAAAGUGAAAAGUGCUUUCAAAUUCUAACCGUGCGGUCUUUCUUUCAAGAUUUCGAGGUAGAUUAUGAUGGAAGCAUUAAAAUAUCCAAAAUGCACGACAUAUUGCAUGACUUUGCCCAACUUUUGACAAGAAACAAAUGCUCUACCAUGAGAGUUGAAGUUAAUAUGGAGAAAGCAGAGCCUCCUAGAGUUGAAAAGAUCCUUCACUCUUAGUUGUCAUUGGCACCUAAUUUACCCAGUAUUCCUACUUCAAUAUUUGAUCAAAGUGAGCUGCGUUCCCUUUUAAUAGAGUGUACUUCAGACACUAGUUUAGGUGAUAUAUGUUCUUUCAUCAAAAGUUUCGACAUCUGAAACAUCUUAGAACACUAAAGUUUGAUAUCUAGCAAAAUAACAAAGGUUCCAGAGCAAAUUGGGCAGUUGAUACAUCUGAGAUAUCUCAACAUAUUUCAGAGUAGUAAUUUGCAAGAAUUGGCUGAUGAAGUAUGUGAUUUAUGUAAUUUACAAACUUCAAUAAUUCAAGGAUGCAGCCGGCUUCAAAGACUACCAGAAGGGAUGGGAAAGCUAGUGAAUUUGAGACACCUUUACCUGCGUGGGUGUUCUGCAUUGGUGGGAUUGCCGAAGGGAAUUGGUGGACUAACUCAACUUUGGAUGCUAGACGUAAUGGUUAUAUCAAAGAAGAAUGAAGCAGCAUAUUUUUUGAGUCUAGGAGAUUUGAAAAAGUUGAAUCACCUUCGAUUUCAAAGGUCUGAGUUUGAAAUAACUAAGUGUUGGAAUUUGACAAAUCGGAGCGAGAGUGAGCUAAUGUAUUGGGAAUGUCAAACAUACAUAAUCCUAGAUUUUGGAGGGAUUGAUAAAGAGGAGGAAAUUAGAGACGAAGAAGAUGAAUUUGGUAUACUUGAAGCCUUACAACCACAUCCAAGCUUGAGAGGUUUAGAAAUCAAAGAGUAUAAGGGUACCAAUUUGUAUCCCAAAUGGAUGAUGGGGUUGGAUAAGUUGAAGGGGCUCCACAUUACACACUGCAAGCAGUGUAAGAGUUUACCUCCUUUGGGAAGCCUACUACCUUCGGUCCAAGAGCUUUUGAUUGAUGGGUUGGAUAAAGUGAGAAAGACAGGUGGUGAGUUUCUGGGACUUGGAGUGGAGCAGCAAGCUGAAGCUGUAUCCUUCCCAAAACUGAAACGGCUUGCGUUUUACAACAUGUGGGAUUGGAAAGAUUGGGAAGGCACUUCAGGCACUAGUCUUCAAUCGGUAGCAAUGCCGUGUCUCGAAAUCUUUAAGAAUUGAAAAUUGUGGCAAUCUCAAAUCACUACCCCCCUCUCUCAAACUCACUCCAUUGUCCAUUCUGCUUAUCAACGCCUGCGGGGUGCUAUCACAAUCUCUACAAAAUUCAGAAGAGGAAUUUACCAAGAUUUUUCACAUCCCACGCAUCAUCAUUGAUGGUCAAGAGUUGAAGAAUAACAGUGAAGAAGAAGUAGAGACUAACAUUGAAGAAGAAGAAGAAGAAGAAGAAGAAGAAGAAGAAGGAGCUGUUAGGUUUAUCGCUACAUCCCACGCAUCGUCAUUGAUGGUCAAGAGGCGAUCAAGAUCAGCAUAGAACGUCAGCGACAAUGAUAUUUCAUUUGAUUUCUAAAUCAACUUGUUAUAUAUGGAAAUUAAGAAUUAGUAUGAACUCAACCAGUUCAUCGUUAAUCUCUCAAGUGUAACAUCGAAGGACUUGAAUAUAAUAACUUCAAUUUUAAUUCAAUAAAUUUGCAAUUAUUUGAUUGUAUGCAAUCAAAACUUCGAAUGUAAUACAUGAGUUUUUUUUUUUUUUUUUU